CUGAAAUGGAAGCGGGCGAAGCCAGGGCAGUCUAAGGGAAAGAUGGCGGCGCUGAGGGCACUGCUGAGGAUACGGGCUCCGGCUGGAUGGAGGGGGAUUGUGGGAAGGCAGACUGCUACUCGCUCCCUCAGCGAAUUCACAUCUCUGGAGGAGAAGUCGCAGUUUCCCGGAGCCUCAGCUGUGUUUGUGGACUCUUUGGAGUUUAUCCAGCCCAAUGUCAUCUCCGGGAUUCCAGUGUAUCGGGUCAUGGACCGGCAGGGGCAGAUUCUCAAUGCCAGUGAAGACCCCCAGAUCCCGAAGGAGAAAGUACUGAAGUUCUACCACACGAUGACCUUACUCAACACUAUGGAUAGGAUCCUGUAUGAGUCUCAAAGACAGGGAAGAAUUUCCUUCUACAUGACAAAUUACGGUGAAGAGGGCACACAUGUGGGCAGCGCAGGCGCUCUUAAAGACACAGACUUGGUAUUUGGACAGUAUCGAGAGGCAGGAGUCUUGAUGUACAGGGGGUAUCCUCUGGAUCUGUUCAUGGCACAGUGCUAUGGUAAUGCCUCAGACCCCGGCAAGGGCCGGCAGAUGCCUGUACAUUAUGGCAGUAAAGAUCUGAAUUUCGUUACCAUCUCUUCGCCAUUAGCAACACAGAUACCACAAGCUGUGGGUGCAGCAUAUGCCAUGAAACGGGAAAAUUCAGACCGUGUCGUCAUUUGCUAUUUUGGUGAGGGUGCGGCGAGUGAAGGAGACGCUCAUGCUGCUUUUAACUUUUCUGCCACAUUGGAAUGUCCAGUGAUCUUCUUCUGUAGGAAUAAUGGAUACGCCAUAUCGACCCCUACCUCCGAGCAGUACCGCGGGGACGGCAUUGCUGCCCGAGGACCUGGUUAUGGAAUCCUGUCUAUUCGAGUGGACGGAAAUGAUGUCUUCGCAGUGUACAAUGCAAUAAAAGAGGCAAGGCGCAGAGCAAUAGCAGAGAACCAGCCGUUCCUUAUAGAGGCUAUGACAUACAGGAUUGGACAUCACAGCACCAGCGAUGACAGUUCUGCUUACCGGUCAGUAGAUGAAGUCAACUACUGGGACAAACAGGAUCACCCCAUAUCUCGGCUUCGUCACUACAUGUUAAACCAGGGUUGGUGGGACGACGAACAGGAGAAAAUAUGGAGGAAGAAGUCCCGCAAACUGGUGAUGGAAGCUUUUGAAGAGGCUGAACGUAAAAAGAAGCCGAAAAUCGAGCACAUGUUCAGCGAUGUCUAUGCUGAGAUGCCUCUGCAUCUAAAGAAACAGGAAGAGUCUCUGGAGAAACAUCUGAAGAUGUAUGGGGAGCAUUACCCUCUGGACAGCUUUGAGAAGUAACUGGACCACAUUUCUGUCCAUAUUACUGUUACUCUAAGAUUUCUGUUACAUCAGCACAACACUCCGGGCCACGUCACCUCCUCAGGGCUGCCCAUUCCGCCUUUUCAUUUUUAUGGAGUACAUUUCUGGAGCUGUAUAUAUAAGGGUACAUGGGCUGAUUUUAAUAUAAGUAGGUAUAUGAAGGGGUAGAGACUUUAAGCCGUGUCUGACAGAUGGAGAGAGCAGAGUUGCUGCUUUAUGGCUUUAUGAAACGUAUACUAGUACUAAAGAACAUUCUAACUAUCUGACGGUGGAGGAACUGUAAGAAGGUUGCUGUGAAUAAAUGUGUCUUACGGUG